UCGAACCGGGAGCGCGCCGCCGGUUGUGCCAUGACGCAGUCGGUGGUGGUGCAGGUGGGACAGUGCGGGAACCAGGUGGGAUGCCGUUUCUGGGACCUGGCGCUGCGGGAACACGCCGCCGUCAACAAGAAAGGAAUGUAUGAUGAAGCCUUAAGCAGUUUCUUUAGGAACGUAGAUACAAGAAGUGGUGAUAAUGGUCCUGAUAUUUACAAAGGAAAAAUCUGCUCUUUAAAAGCACGAGUAAGGCAAUCUGUAAAGGCACUGUUGAUUGACAUGGAGGAGGGUGUGGUAAAUGAAAUUCUACAAGGACCAUUGAGGGAUGUGUUUGAUAGCAAGCAGCUUAUCACAGAUGUUUCUGGUUCAGGAAACAACUGGGCUGUAGGUCAUAAGAUAUACGGCUGUCAGUACCGGGAAAACAUAGUGGAAAAGCUGAGAAAAACUGCUGAACAUUGUGACUGUCUACAGUGUUUCUUUAUAAUCCAUUCCAUGGGAGGUGGGACAGGAUCUGGUCUUGGAACUUUUGUACUAAAUUUGCUUGAGGAGGAAUUCCCAGAAGUAUAUAGAUUUGUUACUUCAGUUUAUCCCUCUGGUGAAGAUGAUGUUAUUACUUCUCCAUAUAACAGUGUUCUGGCUAUGAAGGAACUUAAUGAACAUGCAGACUGUGUACUACCAAUAGAGAAUGAAUCUCUGCUUGAGAUAGUUAAUAAAAUUCAUCAGAUGAUCAAUUGUGGAAAGUUAGGAUCAACUGUGAAGCAAAACAGCUUGGUAACAUCAAGUGCAGGCAUUGCAAAAACACUACAAGCGAAGCCAUUUGAUGCAAUGAAUAACAUCGUAGCCAACUUGCUGCUGAACCUGACAAGCUCUGCUAGAUUUGAAGGUUCCCUAAACAUGGAUCUUAACGAAAUCAGCAUGAAUUUGGUUCCAUUUCCUCGACUUCAUUAUUUGGUUUCAAGCUUGACUCCUCUGUAUACACUGGCAGAUGUUAAUGUUCCUUCUAGAAGGUUGGAUCAGAUGUUCUCAGAUGCUUUUAGCAGAGAUCAUCAACUAAUUCAAGCAGAUCCAAAGCACAGCCUCUACCUGGCCUGUGCACUUCUUGUUCGAGGAAACGUGCAGGUUUCAGACCUUCGCAGAAAUAUUGAAAGGUUGAAGCCUUCUCUGCACUUUGUCUCCUGGAAUCAAGAGGGCUGGAAAACUGGUUUGUGUUCAGUACCUCCUGUGGGCCAUUCCCAUUCCCUUCUGGCAUUAGCAAACAACACCUGUGUAAAACCAACUUUCAUUGAACUCAAAGACAGAUUUAUGAAGCUCUACAAGAAAAAGGCUCACCUUCACCAUUAUCUGCAAAUAGAUGGGAUGGAGCAAAGCUGUUUUUCAGAAGCUAUAUCCUCUUUGUCUGACCUAAUAGAAGAGUACAAUGAACUGGAUGCUACAAAAGGUGGGCCUAGAAUAGAUCCUUCAAGACUGAAGAUAGCUGUUUAAAGAAGGAAGAACUGAUUUUAAAAACAACAACAACAAAAAAGCACUUUCCCUAAGCAUCCAGCCGCUUCAGUUUACCAGAAUGACUUGCAGCAUGCCUGACUAUUUUAAUUCCAAAGGGAGACCAGCACAACAGCUUCCUUACCUCAAAAGUUGUCAUUAAGCGGUGAGCCAUGCCUGUAAGAAAGAUUUGAAGGCACCUAAUUGUGGCUGGUAUCAGUAAGGACAGUAAUCCUAACUGUGGAGUAAAUUGACACACCAUAUGCUGUGAAGAAAAGGAGGAGAGUUUGUAUAUAGCAGCCAAAAAUGUAAUUCUUUUCUCAGUCCUUCAGCUUACAGUAAACUAAAGGUAGAUCUUGCUUCAGAGAAGGAUCACUGUUGCUAGAUUUAGUUUUUGACAAUUGCUUUCCAGUGAACUGUUACGGAUCAGAAUGGAUGGAUACAAUGACUUCUUGAAAUUUGAAGUCCUUCUAGCACAGUUGGCGUGGAUAUGUAAGUAAGCACAAUUUUGAAUGUAUAAGCCCAGAAGUAUUCAAUAAAGUUUUGUGAUAAUAUUUGUUGACAGCAUUUUUAAGAAAAUAUUCUAAAAAUAGCAAAUUUCUUAAGUUCUUGCAUCUGUUAUCUGCAGUUGCCCACUUAUUUGUUCCUUUGCACAUCCAGUGUUUAUAUCCAUCUGUUGGAAAAAGCAGUCUGAGUAUAAAGUUGACAAUUUCUGUUUCAAAACAGCAUUGAUGUGUUUUACUAUUGCAGAUGCAUAGCAGAAAAGGUUAAAUUAAGAAUGAAGAAUGAUAGAUGAAGUAUUACAGGGCAAUUUUUUUCCUAAUAGGCUAGAGCAUCUAUUUGUCUUUGUGGACAAAAUCUUACUACAGUGUGGUAUGAAGCUCUUGCUGUGCCUUUCUUGGUUACCAAAAGUUCUUGUUUGAGCACUGCUGUUGUUAGAUACAUUCUUGAGAAGGAUGUACCUC